AUGACUCUCUACUACACUCUGGUCUUUGUGCUCUUGAUGGCGGAGAUGGCAACGUUCAUGCUCCUCAUCCUUCCUCUUCCCUACACAAUCAAGCGCAAGCUUCUCACCUUUAUUUCCGAGAGUCCUUUUGUUGCGAAAAUUCAAUACUGGAUGAAAAUCACCUUUAUCUUCAUCCUCAUUCUCUUCAUCGAUAGUGUCAAUCGUGUCUACCGUGUCCAGGUCGACCUCGCCUUGGCAACAGAGAACUCCAAGAACGGCCCCGCGGCCGUCAUGGGUCACGAGCGCCUCGAAGUCCAGGCCCGCAAGUUCUACUCUCAGCGCAACAUGUACCUUUGCGGCUUCACUCUCUUCCUUUCCCUAAUCCUGAACCGCACAUACGUCAUGAUUCUCGAGGUCGUCCUGCUCGAGGACCGCCUACGCGCUUAUGAAAGCAGCACGGGCAAGAAGGUUGAUCCCGCUUCCGUUUACGAGAAGGAGAAGCUUCGAAGGGAGCUGGCCGCCAAGGAGACUGACAUGCAGGCUCUUAAGAAGCAAGCCGAGGGCCUCCAAAGGGAGUACAACAACCUCGGCGAUAAGCUCUCCGAAGGCCAGGGAACCGAGGCCAAGAAGACCAAAUAA